AUGAACAUGAAUAUGAGUAUGACAACCGGCCAUCAUGGCAUGAACAUGAGUAUGAGUACUGGCCAUCACGGCAUGAUGGAUAUGACGACAAUGGGAGGUCCUGUGGCGAAAAGACAUAGAAUGUGGAUGUGGUAUCACGUGGAUGUUGAGGAUACUGUACUUUUCAAGAGCUGGACAGUUUUUGAUGCUGGAACUAUGGUAUGGACAUGCUUCGUGAUAGCUGCCGCUGGGAUAGUUCUGGAAGCAUUGAAAUAUGCAAGAUGGGCAACAGAUGAGCACAUGAAGAGCCAUCAGGAGAAUGUGGAUUCUAGAACAAAGUAUGGAGGAAUUGAGAUACCGGGGAGAAGUGAUAGGAAUGAUUUCUGGAAACGUCACAUCAUUGACUCGUUCUACCACUUCUGGCAACUUUUAUUGGCAUACAUCUUGAUGAAUGUUUAUAUGGUUUUCUCUAUCAAAAUGGAGCAUCAUAUGUCGAAUGAUAUGGAUAUGGAUAUGAAUAAAGGACCAUUUAUGUGGAUGUGGUUUCAUACAAAACCACAAGACACCGUGUUAUUCUCGACCUGGAAUAUUACGAGUGCAGGAACAAUGGUCUGGGCGUGUUGUCUAGUUGCAUUUGCUGGAGUUCUGCUAGAAUUGAUCAAAUUUACGAGAAGAGUAAUUCAGAAAAAUCAGCCGACAUCAAAGAAAGCAAGUUACUGUCUUAUGCUCAUCUUCAUGACGUUUUCUAUCUGGUUGGGGUUGGCUGUUGUCAUUGGGUUAUCGAUUGGAUUUUUGAUUUUUGGAGGAAAAAUUUUUACUUCUUUGCUCCCAGCUCAACUCUCCAAAAUGAUGCACAUGAUGAUGGAGAUGUAUUUCCACUUUCGAAUCGAAGAACCAAUUUUAUUCCGAGAAUGGAAACCACUCAACACAACUGCCUACGUGUUCUCUUGUCUUGGAAUAUUUCUGAUUGCUUUUGGAUUGGAAGUUUUGAAAUUUGGAAGAAUGAAGUUGGUUGCAAAGAAUGAAGUCGUGGAGAAGAAAGUUGAUUGUUGUUGUUCCACAGAAGAAGAUGGUUUAUGGAAUAUUCCAGAGACAAGACCUCUCAACCCAACAACUGUCAAUUUGGCACCAUUUACAAGAGACUCUCUCCUGAAAAAAUCUCAUUUGGCGUCUUCCAUUCUGAUAUUUAUUCAACAUUUCGUUGAUUAUUCUCUGAUGCUUGUCUCCAUGACUUAUAACUGGCCCAUCUUUUUGUCUUUACUUGCUGGGCACGCAACCGGCUAUUUCUUUCUCGGACCAAUGAUGACUGUAGAGGAGAGUGAAGCUGCUGGAAGUUGCUGUUCAUAA